AUGUCAACAGGGAACUCGCAAGUUAAAGCUAAGACUCCAGCUAAAACUCCAGCUAAAACUCCAGCUAAAACUGUCUGGGUCUUAUCGAUGUUUUUUUCUCCGUAUAAAGCUGUUGAAUAUUCAAUUGAAUGUCGUAGCUUUGUCUCCAGGAAACUAGCUCAAGAAGCAAUGAGAAGAGAAGCACGACGUCUAUACAAAAAUUCAGAUAUUAUUCAAGAAGCUGAAGACAAAUACUACAGAGAGUACGAAACGGAAAUACACUUUGGUGAAAGCGAAGAUGGACCUGAUUAUAGGAGAGAGUUUGGUUAUUGUGAAAUUAAAUCUACCAAAUUGGAAGACAAAGAAAGUGGAGAUGAAGUACCUUCAAGUACAGAUGAAGAUAGCGAUGAAUAUUGA